AGAUGUUCUUUUGCGAGAAGUGUAACAAGCAUGUUAUAAAAGUCUUUCCAAGAUAUAGGAUUAAGGUUCGAGUUAUUGACUCAUCCGAUUCCACCACAUUUGUUCUGUUUGAUAGGGAUGCAACCACCCUUUUCAAAAAAACCUGUGCUGAUAUGUUAGAGUCUCAUGAUAAGAUGAAUGGUUGUGGGAAUUUUCCUAAGGAGUUUGAAGAAUUAGUUAAUAAAAGUCUGCUGUUUAAAGUUGAAAGUAGGAACGAUCAAACUUUCAAACUUGAACAAUCUUUCAGAGUGAAGAAAAUAUGUCUUGAUGAUGAUAUAAUUGAGAAGUUCAAUGAUUCUUCGUUGAAAUCUGUGGAUGUUUAUGCUGGCAAUGGUGAGUUUAGCAGAGAAAAACAGCGUGUAGUCAAUGAGUCUACUGUUGAUAUUGCAGAGGAUUUAUUAGUCAGAUUUACCAAAGAAACAAUUGACUGUGCAUCCCAAUCUGCUGACUUAAUCAAAGAUACUGCUACGAAUGAGGAUGGUAACACUUCACUUAAGAGAGAAUCUGCAAAGAAGACCUUAUCACUUGAAUCCAUCGAAGAAGACACUGUUCCACUGAAGCUGCUAAAAAGAAAUAUUAAGAAGGAAAAAAUAGUCAAACAAUAG